AUGGACGACGAGGAGCCCGAGCGCUUAGGAGGCCGCACCUCGUCGCUCACGCAUAAAGUCACUUCCACCGCUUCCGCCGCCGCCGCAGCCGCCGCUGCCGCCGCGCGCGGAGCCACGCAGUCCCUUUCCGCUGGCGAAGGCCGGUCGAAACGCUCCGCGACGGUGGGAAGCGGAAGGUCCACGGAAGCUUCGGAUGCGACGAGCUCCAUGCGACGAGCUGCGACGGGUGCGCUGGCGUCGAAAAUCGCACAGCCGCAGCAGGCGGCAAAGAACCUCGUGAAAGUUUUCGCCAAGGCGAAGGGCGGCGUGGGGAAGCGCAUUGCGCGCGCGCAGACGGCUGUCCGCGCGCGCACGGGGAUUGGGCGGCGGGGCGGAGCGCAGGACGGGGAUGGGGGGGAGGAGGAGGAGGAUGAGGAGGAGGACGACGAUGACGACGAUGAGUCAGAAGCCGAAGACUCGGACGCCGAGGGCGGCGCGGGGUCGUCCGACGACGAAGAGAAGCCCAAGGAGGCUUCCGGCAAGGGAGGGAAGUUUCUUCGCAGCUUGCCGUCGCGGCGCAUAUCGAUCUAUAACGCGGAUGGCUUUAUGAUGGACGAUGAGGAUGCGUCGGAGUGGAGCAUGGUCAACGAGGACGUGUUGGUGCGCAAGGUGCGCGAGCUGAGGGAGCUGAGGGGCGACUUUGCGUCGGCCACCAACGCGCCUGCCACCAAGUCUGCCCUUGAAGGACUCGGCCUCUCCGAACUCAACGACCCCCUUGGCUACGGCCCGCUGAACCGCGUGAAGGUGUGUCUCGCCAUCAAUGCGUCCACCAUCCCCGUUCCUGACGACCGCAGCAUGGCCGAGAAGAUCAUAGUGUUCGGCCCCAAGUUCAGCCCGUCCUUCUACCUGGGGCGCGUGCACGACGACACGUCAAUGGACGAACUGAGGGCGGGCAUGGGCACGCUGGGGGCGGACAUGGAGAACCAGCAGCAGCAGCUCAAGACGCUCGUCAAGGAGAACUUUGACUCCUUCGUCUCCUGCAAGUCCACCAUCGAAGAUAUCGAGAAGAAGGUGCGGGAGAUGGAGCGGCGCAGCGACAGCGGCACGGAGGAGAUUCUGGUGGCCAUCCGCAACGUGCAUGACAUGGCCCAGGCCGCCUUUGGACCCCUGCUGGACCGCCAGAAGCAAGUGGACCGCAUUCGGUCGGUGCAGGGGCUGCUGCUGCGCUUCCGCACGCUCUUCAACCUGCCAGCUGUCAUGCGUGGAUUCGUGCAGCACGGCGAGUACGACCGCGCCGUGCACGAGUACCUCAAGGCCAAGUCCAUCUCGCUGCCUGCGCACUCCAACAUCCUGCGGCGCGUGAUGGCGGAGGUGCACAAGGUGGUGGCGGAGUUCCAUGAGGUGCUCUUCGCCAAGAUGGACGACCCCACCGCCGACCAGGCGCAGGUGGAGAACGCCAUUCGCCUGCUGCUGGAGCUGGAGCCGGACAGCGACCCCAUCUGGCAUCACGUGACGAUGCAGGACCGGCGCAUCAGAGGGCUGCUGGAGGCGUGUGUGCAGCAGCAUGAGAGCCGCGUUGCCGCGCUAAAGAAGGAGCAGCACGAGAAGAGGGAGGCCGAGGCAAGGUGGCGGCAGAUCCAACAGGAGUCCAACGCGGGGGAGGACGUUGAUCUCUCGCUGCUGCUAGGCCAGCCAGCAGCGGACAACUCAUCGGACGGGCUGAUGGACGGGGAGGCGUUUGACGAACCAGAGAGGGGGCAGCCGGCAGCGGACGACUCAUCGGACGGGUUGAUGGAUGGGGAGGCGUUUGACGAGGCGCACACACGGCUGAUCGUGCGCCUCACCGCCAUCCUGCAGCAGCACGUGCCGCGCUUCUGGCGCCUCACGCGCUCCAUCUUCUCGGGCAAGUUUGCCAGCUUCGCCACCUCCAAGGAUGGCACCGGCACGGGCGGGCACUGGCGGGGGCGGGGGGGAGAGGAGGGGGGCCGAUACACGAAGCACUCAGAGGACGAGGUGCUGCUGAUGGUGCUGGGCAUCAUGGGCGUGUAUGAGAGCAAGGUGCAAGCGGCCUUCACGCAGCUGGAGGCAGCGAGCACGCUGAGGCCGCACAUGCGCAGGGCAGUGGAGCAGGUGGCUCACGCCUGCGCUGCUCUUGCUGUCAGCGACAACGCCCCGCCACAAGCAGUGCAAGCGCUGCACCAGCUGCGGGUGGAGAUCACGUCGCGCUUCGUGAGCCGCGUGUGUCUGCUCACGCGCGGCAUCUCAGCAGAGCUCGUGGCGGACGAGGAUUGGCGCCCCGUGCCGUCCACGCUGCGCAUGGGGUCGCCCUUCGCCAUCUCCUCCUUCCCCCUGCGCCUCCGAGACCGCCUCGCCAAUGCCUUUGAGCACGUCACCGCAGUGCUGACGGACAUGGCAGACGAGGAGGAGCUGAUCCCCCCCAGUGCACGGCAGCUACCGGGGUUCCCAACAGCGGAUGAGGUGGAGGAGGCCAUUCGCCUCAUGUACGACUCUGUCAAGACCACCUUCGCCCAAGCCUUCCAAGACGCCUGCGCCCGGCAGCUAUCGGGCUAUUCAACAGCGGAUGAGGUGGAGGAGGCCAUUCGCCUCAUGUACGACUCCGUUGAGACCACCUUCGCUCAGGCCUUCCAAGACGCCUGCGACGCCCUGACAAAGCUAUCACAGACGGCCAUCACCACCACCGCCCCUGACGCUGCUGCCACCAGCGGCACCACUGAGGGAGCAGGGGAGGCAGGGGCGGAGGGCGGGAAACAGGGCGGAGGGGACGGGGCGGCUGCUCCUGCUCCCCCUGCUGCUGCGGUGCCGUCGGCCAAUCCCGAUGACAUCCCGGCGGAGCCCUAUGUGGGGCUCAAGGUGGGGGAGGAGCUGACAACAGCGGACCAGCGGCUGCUCAUGCUGCUCAGCAACUGCGGCUUCUGUCGCUCCGUGCUCGCCCCCUACCUUGCCGAUAAAUUCACCUCGCUCUGGCUCAACCCCUACAGUGUGGAGCUGGAGAUGGUGAGUGCAACAGCCUACCGGCAGGUGCAGCCGCAGCACCAGCAGCAGCAGCAGCUGGCGGAGCUGAGAGGCGUGCUGGGGGAGGUGGAGCGCGUGUUUGAGGAGCUGGAGGCGUGGCUGGGCGACCAGUACAUCGCCAUCAAGGCCAACCACCUCGGCUUCGCUGUCAUCAAAUACUUCCUGGAGGACGGCACGUCGUGGGCCACUGCUCCUCCAGUCAGGGGGCUGCGGGAUUCGGCUCUCGAGCUUAUGCACCCUCUUGUGGCCGUCCAUGCUGAGGUGCAUGUGGGGUGCCGGCCGUUUGUGGACAAGGCGAUCAACACGCUAGCGGAGGGGCUGAUGGACGCGCUGCAGCAGGUGGCGUACCAACACGAGGACCUGCAACGCCUCGACGCCAACGCCUUCUGCCAGCUCUCCCUUGAGCUGGACUACUUUGAAACCGUGCUGCACCCCUUCUCGUCGCCAGCACUGGAGGAGAUUCUGUUCCAGCUGCGCGAGAUGCUGCUGCAGCGCACGCUGCAGGCGCUGCAGCAGGAGGCUGCUCGCCCCGCCAACGCGCGCGCCAGGGCUGACAGUGAGGAGCGCGACAACCACCCGCAGACCGCUGCUGACCUCAAGGUCAUGGUGGACAACAUCAGCUCCGACCUGCUCCCUUAUGAGCUGCGCCGCACCAAGGCAAGUACUAGUAUAUUUGAGGAGAAGGGGGGAUGGGGGAGAGUCGUGUGGGGACGGGAAGAGGGGAAGGGGGAAGGGGAGGGAGCGGAUGGGGGGAAGGGGAAGGGGAAAAAGGGAGGGAGGGGAGGGGAUGGAGCAGAGGUGGGGGAAGGAGUGAGGGAGAGGGGGCGAGGAGGGAGAGAAGCUAGUCAUUCCUGA